CUAUUGGCGACGAGGAGACGUUUAAUCGGUCGCUGAGGAGGUCGAGACAUGUUGGACAUUCUUGAAAAGCUCCUCCGACGCUGAUAUGCCUUUGGACUGUAGCGCUACCAAUUGCUAUACAGCAAAGAUCUGGCUUUCCUCAGAGGCUCGGCAAGAUCCUGUACUUGCCGCGGACACAGUUCAAUUCUAUUCAGACCAAAAUAUUCUUCGCGAAUAUCGAAAGAGACCUAAAGAGAUGCUAUCUCGAUAUCCUCGGAACACAUAUUUAGCAGGUGUCAUCUUGUACCUGGACCUCCGCAUUAGGCUUCGGAGAAUUGAUUUGCGGGGAAAGGAAUAUGCCUCGGUUCAGCGCUUCCAACCUUUCCCCAGAUCUACACCACGCCCCACUCACCGGUCCCAGCACAAUGUGAAAGAGGUCUACUUGCUCCGUGACAGGAGCUCCAUUUUCGACUUCGUUGUAACGUGCCAUCCUCGUCAAAAUGGCAGGCGACUCCAGUUCCUCCUCCGCGCCUGCAAAGGGACCCUCCCAACCCUCCCCCAACACAGCCAAAGACCGCCUCGCCCAAGUCUCCCAGCACAUCGCGCCGAACACGCCAAAGCGCAGACGUAAAAAGAGAGCAGAAUCCGAACUUCCGGCCGACUACUCCGAUAUCUUGGGCCAAAUCGCGACGCUCCGCCAGAUCGCAGCGACGCCGGAUCCCAAAAACAGGGGCUACGUUCGGCAGAAGCAGGCUGGGAAGCUGUGGGUGAGGGAGCGUGUGGAACAGUUGCUGGAUCCCGGAAGCUUCCAGGAGAUUGGAAGCGUGAGUGGGACUGUCAAGUGGAAGCAAUUGGGGCCUGUGAAGGAGGAACCCGUGGAUUUCGUGCCGUCCAACAAUGUGCAAGGUUUUGGGAGACUGCGAGGUAGGAAGAUUGUGUUCACGGCUGACGACUUCUCGAUAAGAGCUGGACAUGCGGACGGCGCUUUGAUGGAGAAAACGCUCUAUAUCGAGAAGCUUGCCAUGGCGCUAAAAUUACCCAUCGUCAAGCUGGUUGACGGCUCCUCUGGAGGCGGUUCUGUCACCUCAAUUCGCACAACUGGCUACUCCUACAUUCCCCUUCUCCCAUCAUUUGCUCAAGUCGUGGAGCAACUGAACCUGGGUAUCCCCAAUCUAGGCGCUGUCGUAGGACCUGCCAUCGGCCUAGGAGCUGCCCGUGUAGUCGCCUGCCACUUCUCCGUCAUGGCUGCAGAUAUUGGCUCCCUGUUCAAUGCUGGCCCUAAUGUUGUCAAGAACGCAACUUUCGAAGAAGGCCUCUCCCUCACAGACCUCGGAGGGCCCAGCAUGCACUGCACGAACGGGACGAUCGAUAACCUGGCUCCUGAUGAGGCAGGGUGUUUCGAGCAGAUGCGCACCGUUUUGAGCUACCUUCCGGACUGCGGCACCAAACUCCCACCAACGGUUGAGUGCUCCGACCCUAUUGACCGCAUAUCUGAAUCUCUUCGUACAAUCAUCCCCAGAGCCAAAAACCGGAUGUACAACCCCCGCGCCAUCAUUAGCGAAGUCGUCGACAGCGGCUCCUUUUUCGAAAUUGGCGCCCUUUGGGGCACGACAGCCAUCGUGGGUCUCGCCCGUUUGGGAGGUCGUCCGGUCGGCAUCGUGAGUCUGAAUUGCGAGGUGAAUGCUGGUGCUCUUGAUGCUCUCGGUUCGCAGAAGAUCAACCGUAUGCUCAAGUUCCUCGAUGUCUUCAACAUCCCGCUCGUCCAAUUCGUCGAUAUACCCGGCUAUGCUAUCGGAACAGCUGCUGAACGUAGUGCCACCAUGCGUCAUGGGGUUACCCUCGCAACAACAUAUUACAGCACGACUAUGCCUAUCUUUUCUGUCAUUGUGCGCCGUGUCUACGGGGUCGCUGGAGGCGUCAUGCUGGACUGCCGUGACCCGCGCAUGCGCGUAGCUUGGCCGUCAGGCAUGUGGGGAUCUCUCCCCUUGGAAGGCGGUAUUGAAGUCGGGCACUCGUUUGAGCUCAAAGAGAUUGAACGAAAGGAGGGUAAGGCGAAGCGCGACGAGAGAUAUGCAGAGUUGGAAAAUGAGUAUCGCCGCUUCAUGAACCCGGUGCGGACGGCGAAUAAUUUUGGUGUGGAGGAGAUCAUUGAUCCGGCGUAUACUCGGAGAGUGUGUGCUGAGUGGGUGGCACACGUUUAUGAGAGCUUGUUGCCGCAGAGGAUCAUGGAGAGGGUUGCAGGAAAGCUGAAGCCCAGUUUCGCGUAAUACUUGAUCACAGCUCAGAAAAAGAAAGCCCGUUCAACCCGACGCAUCCGGAAUUCUCUCCUGCCCAACCUGAUGUUCACGCACAGUUGUGGCAGAUCGGAGGACCCAAGAGAGCUGGGAGGAACCUGGUGUUUGUGCGCAUGGAAUACCGCUAGUGCCGUCAUGUAAGUGAAGGAGGUAUGACUGGAUUCUUGGGCUUUAGAGAGCAUGGCUGCGUCAUCGACUGAGGCUUUCGACAUCCGACUGAACAGAUAGAGGUACAUAGAUAGAACGACCUCACAAAUAGCUUUGUGGCGUCUCUAUCCAGGUAUACCAAGCUUAGAACAAAGCUCCAUCCAUGGGCUUAUU